UGAGCUUGAACAAUCAUGUCGAACAAAUCCAAAAAACAAACCAAGUCUUCGUCUUCGUCGCUGCCUGCAGAACACAAGUCUAAGGCGCGACACCCUGUAUCCUGGCUACCUUGGCUCGCGCUUCCCGUGGCUGUAUUAGCUGUCGCGUACUCCUCUGGUUUCUUCUCGUCACCGAAGCUGGAAGAAACGUCUCUCGAGCCUUAUGUUGUCAAAGAUCUUCCUGGAAGAGGGAAAGGUCUCGUCGCGAGCAGAGACAUCAAGCAGGGGGAGUUGGUAAUCCGAGAAACACCGCUGUUCAUUGUCCCUCAAUCUAUUUCCGAGUCACCCACAGUCCUCAUCUCGCGUUUGCUUAGUGGGGUGUCUGCUGAAGACCGCCAAGCUUUCAUGAACCUUUCUUAUGUCAACCUCCCACCCUCAGAAACCGAUCCGGCGGCAAUUGCCUUAGCAAUCUUCCAAACAAACGCGGUGGCAGCGGGGAAUGGGGUCGGCAUUUUCCCUCGCAUGGCGCGCUUGAAUCACGGGUGUUCGAGCGCAUUCAACGUGGUGUAUUCAUGGAGACCGGCAGAACAGGCCCUUUUUGUACAUGCGCUGAGGGAUGUGCGGCAGGGACAGGAGCUGCUGACGACAUAUACCGAUACUAAACGGCCCCGGAGCGAGCGGCGCGAAUAUCUGUCGCAUCAGUACGGGUUUUUAUGCAUGUGCCGUGUCUGCGCGAUGGCCGAGGCUGAAUCGCAGGCUUCCGACCGCCGGCUGACGAAUAUCCGAGACUAUUACAAGCAUCUUUCCAGUUGGGGCGAAGAAGCCAUUGACGGCAUGGCAGCAGUCCAGACCAUCAACGCUAUCUGGAAGGUAGAAAACGAGGAGGGAUACUGGAGUGAGCGGGGCCAACUAGCUGCCGAUGGCGCCUGGAUCGCAGCUGCGCAUUCCGAUGCCCCGGCUGUUCGCUCGUGGGCUAAACUGGCUAUCCGAUGGUUCUCCUUCGAGCUCGGAGCAGACAGUGAACUCAUUUCGGAGAUGAGGGUUGCUGCGGAACAUCCGCAGGCUCAUCGGGCCUGGGGCUCGAGACAACCGAUGCCCGUUGGUGCGCACAUGGACCAUAGUCCGUCCUGAACGUAUGGAUGGGACUGGGAACGCACUUUUAUGUAAUAUCGGAUAGUCCUUCGGGUGCCGAUAUCACGCAGCAUCUCUGCGUAGCUAGCUGUUUAUGAGACUAGAGUACAGCCAUGGUACAUGCGUGGGAAUACUGUCUGAAUGAGGCCACGUCUUAUUUAAGCACCCCAGGGCUUUCCAUCUUCCGUUUACACCUUUUGGCACUUCCUCGAGGUACACGCCUCUCAAGCUCACUUAGUCCUUUCCUUUUUUUCUUCGCCUAUUCCCCCUUCGCCCUCAUGGCGACUUCCACAUCCGACGUGAUUAUUCUCGGCCUGGGCAUUACUCUAGCCGGUACCUACCUCUUCCGUGAACAACUUUUCGCACCCUCGAAGCCCAAGAUCGCACCGCUACCAACCAAAGCCGCUAAUGGGUCCGGAAACCCUCGCGACUUCGUUGCAAAGAUGAAGGAGGGGAAAAAACGCAUCGUCAUCUUCUACGGCUCUCAAACUGGCACGGCAGAGGAAUACGCCAUUCGGCUCGCAAAAGAGGCCAAGUCCAAGUUCGGGCUUGCCUCACUCGUCUGCGAUCCCGAAGAAUAUGAUUUCGAAAAUUUGGAUCAGAUCCCAGAGGACUGCGCGGUCUUCUUCGUCAUGGCCACAUACGGAGAGGGAGAGCCGACAGAUAAUGCCGUGCAGCUUAUGCAGAAUCUCCAGGACGAUUCCUUCGAGUUCUCCAACGGCGAGCACAAACUAGAGGGCCUUAAAUAUGUGGUCUUCAGUCUUGGGAACAGGACAUACGAGCAUUACAACCUUAUUGGACGUCAAGUUGAUGCUGCUGUGGAGAAAAUGGGCGGCAUCCGCAUCGGCGAGCGCGGAGAGGGCGAUGACGAUAAGAGCAUGGAAGAAGAUUACCUCGAAUGGAAAGAUGGAAUGUGGGAUGCGUUCGCAGCUGUCAUGGGUGUUGAGGAAGGACAAGGCGGUGAUUCCGCCGACUUCUCCGUGUCGGAGCUUACGGAGUACGCCCCGGAGAAGGUGUACCUAGGUGAACUCUCCGCUCGUGCUUUGACGAAGACCAAAGGAAUCCAUGAUGCCAAGAACCCCUACCCCGCCCCUAUCAUUGCCUCCCGAGAACUCUUCCAAGUCACCGGAGAUAGGAAUUGUGUGCACAUCGAGCUCAGCACGGAAGGUUCCGGUAUCACGUAUCAACACGGAGAUCAUGUCGGGAUCUGGCCGUCAAACCCGGAGCUCGAGGUCGACCGUCUUCUCUGCGCUCUCGGACUGUACGACAAGAGGGAUCAGGUUAUCGGUAUCGAGUCGCUUGACCCUGCUCUAGCCAAAGUGCCCUUCCCCGUUCCAACGACCUAUGCCACAGUCCUCCGCCACUACAUCGAUAUCAGCGCUACCAUCGGGCGUCAAAUUCUGGGACCGUUCUCCAAAUUUGCUCCAUCCCCGGCCGCGGAAGAGAUGUUGAAGAGCCUGAACUCCAAUAAGGAGGAAUAUCAUAAGAUCGUCGUCAAUGGUUGCUUGCGAUUGGGCCAGGUGCUUCAGCUUGCUGCGGGCAAUGACAUGAACGCCGCACCUUCUACAUCCAACACAACGGCAUGGCACAUUCCUUUUGACCUCAUCGUGUCGGCUAUUCCCCGUCUGCAACCUCGGUUUUACUCGAUUUCCUCCAGCCCCAAACUCUACCCUACCUCGAUCCAUGUCACUUGCGUCGUCCUCAAGUACGAGUCUGUUAAAAGUGCUGCGGUUGAUUCCAGAUGGGUUUACGGAGUCGGGUCCAACUUCCUGCUCAAUCUCAAGCAGGCCGCCAAUGGAGAGACCCAGUCGUUGGUUGCCGGCGACGCUUUGCCCGUUUACGCUAUCGAAGGUCCCCGGAGCGCCUACAAGAGCGAUGCAAUCUAUAAGUCUCCCAUUCACGUCCGACGGUCCACUUUCAGAUUGCCCACGAACCCCAAGAGUCCAGUGAUCAUGAUUGGCCCUGGAACCGGUGUCGCUCCUUUCCGUGGCUUCGUCCAAGAACGUGUCGCACUGGCUCGCCGCUCGAUUGACAAAAACGGACCCGAUGCCCUGGCAGACUGGGGCCGCCUCACCCUGUACUAUGGCUGCCGGAAGUCGACUGAAGACUAUCUAUACGGCGAUGAAUGGCCCCAGUACACAGAAGAGCUCAAGGGCAAAUUCAACUUGCGCUGUGCCUUUUCGCGUGAGCCCCCGUACAAGCCUGAUGGAUCCAAGAUCUACGUGCAGGACUUGAUAUGGGAGGACCGCGAGCCCAUUGCCGACGCCAUCCUCAACGGCAAGGGCUAUAUCUACAUCUGCGGUGACGCGAAGAGCAUGAGCAAGGCCGUGGAGGAGACCUUGGCUCGAAUCCUCGGCGAAGCUAAGGGUGGUUCCGCUGAAGUGGAGGGUGCUGCUGAGGUCAAGAUGCUCAAAGAGCGUUCCCGACUAAUGUUAGACGUCUGGAGCUAGAUUUCCCCAUGUUAUCUUCCUAUGUCGUUGUCUUGCGUCUACUAUAGUAUACAGUAUUUCGCCCCACUUAAACCUACGCUGUAAUGAGUGGAAAGUCCGCCUGAUCCGCAAUCAAAA